AUGAAAUUUAUAAAUACAUCAACAAUAACAAUUGGAUUGCUUUCAAUACUUCCGUCAAUAUUUGCUGAACAACAAUUAGAUCAAGCAAUUAAAAUAAAGUUUAAUGUCAGAAGAGGUUCAAAAAGAGAUGAAUUAUCACCAAUCGAUGAUGAUUCACCAAAAUUGGUUAAAAGAGAUACUCCAGAAGGUUCAAUUGAAUUAGAAUUGACCAAUCAACAAACUUUUUAUAUGGCUGAUUUAGAAAUUGGAUCAAAAGGUGAUAAAAAUCAAGUAUUAGUUGAUACUGGUUCAUCAGAUUUAUGGGUAAUGUCUCAUGAUUUAAAUUGUGUUGAAAAUUCAAAUAGAAAAAGAGAUGCUGAAGCUGAUGCAAAAAGUGUUUUCAAUUUUGGUACUGGAGUAAAAUUCCCAACAAAAGAAGAAGUUGAAAAUUCAAAUAGGAAAAGAGAUGCUGAAGCUGAUGCAAAAAAUGUUUUCAAUUUUGAUACUGGAGUAAAAUUUCCAACAAAAGAAGAAGAAGAAGUUGAAACAAAAGCAACCAAAUCCAAAAAAAUUAAAAGAGAUGAUAGUACUAUCUACUCAACACUUUAUUUCACUUCUGGUCCAGAUUCUUCAGAUUUACCAGAUGGUGGUGGACAACAAAUUGGAUCAAGUUCAAGAGGAUCAAGUGGUGGUUCAAAUACAUGUACAUCAUAUGGUUCAUUUAACACUGGUAAUUCAGACACAUUUGUUAGAAAUAAUACGGAUUCAUUUGUAAUAAAUUAUGCUGAUGGAACUCAUGCCAUUGGAAUUUGGGGUCAUGAUAAUAUAAAAAUGGGAAAUACAACUGUUUCAAAUUUAAGUUUUGCAGUAGCUAAUGAAACAUCAAGUAAUAUUGGAGUUUUAGGUAUUGGAUUACCAGGUUUAGAAGUUACAACUCAAUAUGGUUAUAUGUAUGAAAAUUUACCAAUUAAAAUGAAAUCUGAUGGUCUUAUAAAUAAAGUUGUGUUUUCAUUAUAUUUAGAUAGUGCAGAUGCUAAAACUGGUAAUGUAUUAUUUGGAGCUGUUGAUCAUGCAAAAUAUGAAGGUUCAUUAGCAACUGUACCAAUGUUAAAAACUUAUCAACAAAUUAGUGUUCCAGUAAGAUUUGAAGUUGAAGUUGAUUCAAUUGAAUUAAACAAUAAUCAAGGUAAAACUGCAAAUGUUAUGAGUUCAAGUAUUGGAGUUGUUUUAGAUUCAGGUUCAACAUUAUCAUAUAUGAGAUCUAGUCAAAUUCAAGCGGUUGCUGAAGCAUUAAAUGGUAGAUAUUAUAGUUCUGCUGGUGCAUAUUUAGUUGAUUGUCAAUAUUUAAAUUCUCAAUCAACAAUGGAUAUUUCUUUUUCAAAUAAAACUAUAAGAGUUCCAGUUUCAGAUUUAAUAGUUCAAGCUUCAAGAAAUCAAUGUUUCUUAGGAUUAUUUGAACAAUCAUCAUCAUCAUCAUAUCUUUUAUUUGGUGAUAAUAUUUUAAGAAGUGCAUAUAUCGUUUAUGAUUUAGAAAAUUAUGAAGUUCAUUUAGCUCAAGUUUACUAUACAAGUGAUGAAGAUAUUGAAGUUAUUACAGGUGAUGUUACUUUAGAUGGUGGUCAAAAUUCAACAAGAAUAGGAAGUGGAAGUUCUUCUUCAUCGAGUGGUUCAUCAUCAUCAUCAGGUGGUAGACAAAAUAGUGGAACUUCAUUACAAAUCCCAAUGGCUAUUAUCUUCACAAUAUUAAUGACUUCAAUGAGUUUUAUAUUAUAG